CAAAAAGAAGUAAGUAAUUAAAUGGCUAAAUUUGGCCAUUUGGGUAAUUUUUUAGUGUUGUGUAUUCUACUAAGAAUAAUAGGUUCUAGCCAUGCUCAGUUACAGCUCAACUUUUAUUCCAAGAGCUGUCCAAAAGCAGAGAAAAUAAUUCAAGAUUAUGUCCAAAAUCACAUCCCAAAUGCUCCAUCUCUUGCAGCUGCCUUACUCAGACUGCAUUUCCAUUAUUGUUUUGUCAGGGGAGGCCCUUACUGGAAUGUACCAACUGGUAGAAGAGAUGGUAGAAUAUCAAACGCGUCCGAGGCCUUGGCAAACAUCCUUCCUCCAACUAGUAACUUCUCCAGUCUUCAGACAUCUUUUGCUAGCAAGGGUUUUGACCUAAAAGACUUGGUCCUAUUGUCUGGUGCACAUACUAUUGGAAUCUCUCAUUGCUCGUCAUUUUCAACACGUUUAUACAAUUUUACUGGAGUUUUGGGCACAGAAGAUCCAUCUCUAGACAGUGAACAUGCAGCUAAUCUUAAGGCGAGGAAAUGCAAAUCAAUCAAUGACAAUACCACAAUUGUUGAAAUGGAUCCUGGCAGUUUCAGGACAUUUGAUCUUAGCUACUUUAAGCUUCUACUCAAGAGAAGAGGGCUAUUCCAAUCUGAUGCAGCCUUGACUACAAGUGCGACAACAAAGUCAUACAUCAACCAGCUAGUACAAGGAUCGCUCAAACAAUUCUACGCUGAAUUUACUCGGGCAAUGGAGAAAAUGGGCAGAAUUGAAGUCAAGACUGGCUCUGCUGGUGAUAUUAGGAAGCAAUGUGCAGUUGUGAAUAGUUAAGAGCAAUGGUUUUGUGUUUGUAUGUGUGCGUACGUUGGUGUGAAUGAUUUGCUAACAUGUAUAUCAUGUUCUUUUUUGUACUUAUUCCAAUUUAUUUUGUAUAUAAGAU